AAGCUGGACCAUUACAUGGGUGCACUUUCCCACGUAAAUUUCGUAUUUCCCAUAAAGGACAGGCCCUGUUUGGGAAUUUCUCUCACCAAUCGUAACUCUUCUCUCUCCUCUCCCAAAUUCAACAACCCUCUCUCUCUCUCUCUCUCUCUCUCUCCUUCGUUGCUCUUCUUUAAAAGGGAUCUCAAUCUUUCCGCCCUUUUUCUCCGCCGUGGAGUUGGAUUCAUCGCCGCCAAACUCGAUCCGAUACUCAUCAAGGAUCCGCAGCCCGCAGCCAUGAUCCGCAGCGCCGCCCGCCCUUCGCCGCCGGCGCCGGUUGCCGCCUCCGAUGCCCGCCGACUCUUGUCUGCACUCCCUUCCGCUCUUUCUAUGAAAAAUCCUGGUUCUUUGUCUCUCAAGCCCCUCUACUUGACUUCCCUACCUGCCUUCGGAUCUGGAUCCGAUAAGCAGCGAGGCUUCUCUCUGAGGAGCCGUGCUUAUGAGGCUGAUCGAAGUGAAGGGGUUCCGGUGCCGGUUCCGGCGACGGAGGAGGUAAAGUCGGAGGCGGCACAGAAGGUGAAGAUUGGGAUCUACUUCGCGACGUGGUGGGCGUUGAACGUGGUGUUCAAUAUAUAUAACAAGAAGGUGUUGAACGCGUACCCGUAUCCGUGGCUCACGUCUACGCUGUCGCUGGCGAUGGGAUCCCUGAUGAUGCUUACCUCUUGGGCUAUCAGGAUCGCUGAGCCGCCGAAGACUGAUCCCGACUUUUGGAAGGCUCUUUUCCCGGUGGCGGUGGCACACACAAUUGGGCAUGUGGCGGCAACAGUGAGCAUGUCAAAGGUGGCAGUGUCAUUCACCCACAUUAUUAAGAGUGGGGAGCCAGCAUUUAGUGUUCUGGUGUCAAGGUUUUUGCUGGGGGAGACGUUUCCUGCUUCUGUGUAUCUGUCACUGGUGCCAAUUAUUGGGGGUUGUGCUCUUGCUGCGGUGACCGAGCUGAACUUCAACAUGAUUGGAUUUAUGGGUGCAAUGAUUUCAAACCUUGCAUUUGUCUUCCGGAACAUUUUCUCAAAAAAAGGCAUGAAGGGCAAGUCAGUUAGCGGGAUGAACUACUAUGCCUGCCUGUCAAUGCUGUCUCUCCUAAUACUCACACCUUUCGCCAUUGCCGUGGAGGGCCCCCAGAUGUGGGCAGCCGGUUGGCAGAAGGCGCUCUCAGAAAUUGGUCCCAAUUUUGUCUGGUGGGUUGUUGCUCAGAGUGUGUUCUACCACUUGUACAACCAAGUGUCCUACAUGUCACUGGAUCAAAUUUCUCCUUUGACAUUUAGCAUUGGAAACACCAUGAAGAGGAUUUCGGUAAUUGUCUCGUCUAUCAUUAUCUUCCAUACGCCUGUCCAGCCCAUCAACGCCCUUGGAGCAGCCAUUGCCAUCCUUGGAACUUUCCUCUACUCUCAGGCUAAACAGUGAGUAUUCCAAAAGGCCUAGUGCAUCUUGUCACAGUGUCAGUCCUCCAAUGAAUUGUCUUCUAUGAGUUGCUGGGGUUGUUGGUGAUGUUGGCAGAGCUAAUCUCAAGCAGCCUUUGUAGCGGUUUGUUUUUGUAGAUAUCAUUUGCCGAAGAACAAAAUUAAUUAGAUUUUGCAGUGGUUGCAGUAUCUAUAUGAUUUCAUACAAGGCCCUGAAUGUCCUCAAAAGGGCUACUACUACUACAACUAUGAUGAUGAAUAAAUUUCAGGAUAGAUUGAUGCACUUAGGUUUGAGUUUGAAGGGAUACCUUCUUCUAAUAACGGGCUGUUAAUGCCAUGUUUGCCAUAUUCUUGGCAUUCACUAGAUAUAUAUUAGUUUGCUUUCUGCU